AUGGACAGCAAAGCUAGAGCGUGCAUGCAGUUUGUAAGGAGCAGCUUGCAGUGUUUGCUUCUUCCACUUCUAGCUGGUUUACAAUGGCCUCAAUCAAUCAAUCGUCAGAGCAUGCAACCGCAGAGCAUAGGGAAGGAGCAGCCAAGGUUCCAUGGGGAUUCUGGAAGGCUGGAGCCUGGAGGACUGGACAGGCACAACAAGAAGAAAAAAAAGAAGAAGAAAAGGAUCCGAUCGUGUCUCGGCGGUUGGACUUGUGAUGUAGACGUACUGGACUGUCUGGACAUGGAAGAUGACUGUUCACUGAUGUUCAGGGCUGCACCAAAAGCCAGGAGGAAGGUAGGCGCCAAGUACCAGAGCAAAGUUGUAGAGAUCUCAGGCUGGAUCAGCUUCUAG